GCGAACGUUCUCUAUAUAAGCGCGCCAACAAAGCCUGGGAAGAAACAAGCAGGACAACAGUGACCGUCCCGCCUCGCUGUGUAACAUAUCUACUGUUUCUGUCCCUCACCGCUCACAAACCAACACAACAAACAACAAUGCCAGAGGAAACGUCCACCGCCUCCAGCUCGGUCGGCAUGGACGAGAAGCCCUGCUCAUCCAGCGUUGUAGACAGCUCAAUCGACGUUACUGAAGAAGCGAAGAAACUGAUCGGCACAGGAAACCGUCACCUGGUGAUGGGCGACGUGGUUUCAGCCGUCAAUGUCUUCCAGGAGGCUUGUGGAAUGCUGGCUGCGAGGUAUGGGGACACUGCCGAAGAGUGUGGAGAAGCCUUCUUCCUUUGUGGGAAGUCUCUACUAGAGUUGGCCAGGAUGGAGAACACGGUCCUCGGUAACGCGCUAGAGGGAGUCCCACAGUCGGACGAGGAGGAGAAGCCCGUGAGCGAGAACAUCGAGAGUGCCAACAACCUGGACGAGGACACCAGGGAUAAGCUGCGCAGGCAGGUGUACGAGGCCAUGGCCGCUGACAAAAAGCCCGAGGACUCGGAGCCCACAGCAGAGUCCAAGGUGGCUGCAGGGCUGGAGUGUGGCAGCGCUGUAGCCGAACCCCUAGAGGGCCACGGGUCAGGGGAGGGGCCAGGCUCUCCAGCCGGGGUGGUUGAGCCUGCUGUUGGCGCGGAGAUGAAGGGAAAGGAGGUUGAGCAGAUUCCAGUCGCUCCGGCGACUGGUGAAGGCGACUUGUCUGCUGCCAAUGAGAGUGCUGACAAUGACGAGAAGGUGUUUGAUGAAGACGAGGAAAAAAGUGCUGAGAGCGGAGAAGACGAUGACGAUGAUGAUGAGGACGAGGAGGAAGCAAAUGCUGACGACGCGGAAGAUGAGGAUGUUGGGAACUUGCAGUUGGCGUGGGAGAUGCUUGAGGUGGCUAAAUUCAUCUACAAAAGAAAAGAGAGCAAGGAGGAUCAGCUUAUGGCGGCGCAGGCCUACCUGAAGCUGGGGGAAGUCAGUGUUGAGUCCGGGAACUACCCCCAGGCGCUGGAAGACUUCCAGGAGUGCCUCACCCUGCAGCUGAAGCACCUGCCCCCCAGCAGCCGCCUGCUGGCGGAGAGCAACUACCACGUGGCCCAGACGCUGUGCUACAUGGACGCGUACAGCCAGGCCAUCGAGCACUACAACCGCUCCAUCGAGGUCAUCGAGAACCGCCUGGCCGUGCUGCAGAAGGUGAUCGACACGGCCGAAGGAGCCGACGGGGCGGCGAAGGAGAAGACGGAGCAGGAGGAGCUGAGGCAGCUGCUGCCCGACGUCACGGAGAAGGUCGCCGACGCCAAGGAGAGCCAGAGAGCGGCCAGGCUGGCCAUCAGGCAGGCACUGGACGGGGCCUCGACCUCCUCUGGAUUCUCAGCUGAGAACGGUGGCCCGUCGUCGUCGUCUUCGUCGUCCGCGUUUGCCUCUGCCAGUCAGAUCUCCACAAGGCCUUUCGAGGGGGCCUCGUCUUCAAAAUCGACCUCAGACAUUUCCCAUCUGGUCAGGAAAAAGAGGAAGACUGACGAGGAGAGCCUAGUGAAGGAUGCAGACGCUAAGCAGCCCAAGCAGGAAUCAACGGUUAAUGGCAGCAGCUCCAGCUCCAGUGCCAACGGCAAAGGACUGCAGGAGAAGGAGCCCGCCGAAACAUCGGCCUCCAAGUCCUCCGAAUGAUGAGCCCCUCGUCUGAUCUUCAACCUGCACUGAACGUCUGUCGAGAUCCCCCUCACCAACACACCCUUGGUUUUGUAAAUAAGUUAUUUUCACAGAUUUGUCUGUCCAGGUUUUGUAUACUUGUAGUAAGAAAAUAAAGGAUAUUUGCAAAUUCAAA